AUGGAGCUGCGGUGGCGCAAUGCCCAGCCUUCAAAACGCGCAACCCGGAACUUGACCACACCCUCCAGUGGUCCGCCUCUUUCCUUUGACGUCAACCGCACACCGCCUGCCGCCUGCUACAUGAUGGAAAUGCGAAUCCAAUCGGACCUGGAACGAGCAUCCGGCAGUACCAACGGCGACCGAGUCGACUUCGACGGUCCAAACGAUACAUAUAAUCCGCAGAAUUGGUCUUUUGCAAAGAAGUCACUUAACACGUUCCUCUACGGACUUACGACGCUCGGCUCGACAUGGGCGAGUGCGGCAUACUCGCCGGCCAACGAGAUUGUUGCGCACGACUUUCAAGUUUCCAACGAGGUUGCCGUGCUAGGAACUAGCGUCCUGCUGCUUGGUUUCGGCUUCGGGCCUCUGGUAUGGGCCCCCCUUUCUGAAGUCUACGGCAGGAAAUGGCCGACCGUCGCACCCUGCUUCAUAUCCGCUCUUUUCUCAUUUGCGACCGGCGCCUCCAAAGAUAUCCAAUCCAUUAUCAUCACCCGCUUCUUUUGCGGCUUCUUCGGCGCUGCACCAAUCACUUGCACAGGUGGCGUCUUCGCAGACAUUUGGGACUCUUCGCAGCGAGGAAAUGCCAUUGUGGGGUACGCAUUGGCUGUCGCCGCUGGCCCCGUACUUGCGCCGAUCGUCGGGGGCGCCAUUGUGGUUUGCGGCGUGUCGUGGAGGUGGACCGAAUACGUGGGUGUCCCUGUUACCGAAAAUGGCAUCAUCACUAACGUUCCCAAGAUCACCGGCAUCAUCCAGCUACUCACCGUCGUCCUCGACGUAAUAUUCGUCGAUGAAUCGUACGCUCCUCGCUUGCUCGUAUCAAAAGCCCGGCGUCUGCGCUUCGAGACUGGGAAUUGGGGACUCCAUGCAGAGUAUGAGGAGCUGAAUAUUACUUUCUCUGGACUUUUGCACAAGUUUGGUGUUCGUCCGUGGCAGAUGCUGUUCACGCCGAUCUGCGGUCUCAUCGCAUUAUACGCCUCCUUCAUAUAUGGCGUCUUCUAUGCCUCUCUCGCAUCAUUUCCGAUCAUCUUUCAACAGGAUCGCGGCUGGAACCCACUAGUCGGAUCCUUGCCGUUCCUUGCUCUCUUGCUCGGCAUUCUGUUAGGGUCUGCACUCAAUGUGUUGAAUCAGGUUGUCUUUUACAACCGACGUCUGGCUUCCCAAGGUGACCACAAGGCCAUCCCAGAGGCACGUCUGCCACCUAUGAUGGUCGGGUCGUUCGUCUUUGCAGGCGGCUUGUUUUUAAUCGGCUGGACAUCGCACCCACGUUUUCAUUGGAUAAUCCCUUGUACGGGCGCAUUCUUUGUUGGCUUUGGCUACUACACGAUAUUUCAAUCCGCGCUAAACUAUCUUGUCGAUACAUUCCAGCGCUGGGGAGCGUCUGCCAUCGCGGCCAAUACUUUUCUUCGGAGUAUUCUGGCGUCCUGCUUCCCAGCCGUUGUCAUUCCACUGUAUGGAAAUUUGGGCACUGGACCGGCAAGCAGUUGUUUCGCCGGGUUUGCAGUCUUGAUGAUUCCCAUCCCCUUUGUGUUUUACCAGUAUGGAGCAUGGCUGCGGACCAGAGGUCGAUGGAGCUCGAAUAUUGGAUGA